UACUUGCAAAGCAAUUCUUUGAAGGCAAGACUUAACCCAGAAAUACAAGAAGACCCAAUAUUGUUGAGUCAACUCAUCAAGUUCCCACAAUAUCUUUCAUUCUUUUUCUUUAACCUUAAAAAAAAAACAUUAAAUUGCAACUUACACUUUCUUUUUCUUUAGCCAUUCAUGCAGCGGAUAUCCCAAGCUUUGUUCUCAAUUUUCUUCAGAAUAUUCUGCUUACCUAUUUGGAACGAAGAACUUAUUCAGCUGCCAAAUUCUGUUCUGCUACUCUGCUAGGUAAGAGAGGGAAAGACCAUGGCAGGGAAACUGCCAGAGAACGCUUCUUAUCCAGGGUUUGCGGGAGUUGCAUCUAGUAUGCACAUUCACGAAAAAUCUGAGUCUUCUACCCAGAGAUGGUACUUUACUACAGAAGAAAUAGAAAAUCACUCUCCAUCAACAAGGGAUGGGAUUGAUUAUGAAAAAGAGUCACAUCUAAGGAAGUUGUACUGCUCUUUUCUGCAAGAGCUUGGGAUAGAGCUGAAAGUGCCUCAAGUGACAAUAGCUACUGCAAUGAUGUUCUGCCAUCGCUUUUACAUGCGCCAGUCUCAUGCAAAGAACCACUGGCAGAUUGUCGCAACUGUGAGCAUGUUCCUUGCUGGCAAAGCUGAAGAAACACCACGCUGGCUGAGUGAUCUUGUUGUUGUUGCGUACAAGCUUGUAUAUAAAUGGGAUCCAUCAGCUCCACUGAGGAUCAGACUGAAGGAUAUUUGCGAUAAGGAAAAGGAAAUGGUUGUAGCUGGUGAGAGAAUGCUGCUUGUGACAGUUGCCUUUGAUCUUAACAUCGAACAUCCUUACAAGCCACUUGUUGCUGCUAUGAAGAGGUUGGAAAUUUCUAACAAGGAGAUCGUCAAAGUAGCCUGGAAUUUUGUGAAUGAUUGGCUUCGCACAACACUCUGCUUGCAGUAUAAGCCUCAUUAUAUCGCUGCUGGUUCCAUGUUCCUUGCUGCUAAACUUCUGAAGGUGAAAUUGCCUGCCGGAAAAGGGAAUCCUUGGUGGAUGCAAUUUGACGUUGCUCCAAAGCAGUUAGAAGAGGUUAUUCAAAAGAUGCUUCAGUUGCUGGAGCAGAAUCAGAAACAAGUAAUACCAUCGACUUCUGGCAAGUUGACUGAAUCAAAACCCGUUGCUGGAAAGGCAACUUCAAGCAGCACAGAGUCUUGUAUCUCAAGUGUGUCAGUUGUUGCACAAGAUUCCAGGAACAAGGAAUUGGUGGAGACUAGAGGGUCAUCUGUAUCUGUAACAUCCAAAUUCAGCGAGAAAGAAUCCUGCAACAGCUUCAACACAGUCAAGGAGACAGAGCAUUUGGAGACAAGCGAGUGUGGUAGUGCAAAUAGUGCAGUUGAGGAUGGUGUUUGUCAGCCAUUAAAGAAUGAGUCCAGAAAAGAAAUUUGCCAGACUGUCUCUGUCGGUGAUCACAAUGGAAAAAUUGACAUUGAUCGAAUCAAGCAGAGAUUGAAGAGGCGGAAAUUGGAACUGACUUCACUGAAGAAAUCAGCCAUGUAUGAUGAGAUCGAUAGUGAAGCUUGGAUUGAGAGAGAGCUGGAAAAUUUGGGAUAGUGCCACUUUCUGGUUGUUCAUUGGAUGAAAUAGGUUUUAUGGAAGUAUAAGCAGAAAAGCAAAAGAGGAUCACACUUAUAUGAUGCAUUGAAUUAGGAAGGUGCAGGUGAAAAAUUUCAGCUAAGAAGUUUGAAAUACAGAAACAGUUACGGUAACAUAUUUCUGGUAUCUGGUUCAACUCUUGUUUAACUGAUAAUGGACUCCAACUACGGUGUCUACUGCGCAUAAUGUCUCUUCAUGCCUUGAUGUUUUUUAUAUAAAGGGUAUGAUUUUGCGCAGUCCAUUUCUAUGCUAAGCUAAGCUAACCACUCCUAUUUUAAUGUCUUUUUGAGCUCAGUAGAAAAUUUAACUGUUUAAAGAUCGGAUGCCCCAGAGAGAGGGUAGAAUAGAUAUUUGCUGAGCUAGGCGUUGAAUAAGAUUAAUACCCGCGGGGGGGGGGGGGGGGGGGGGGUAGGGGGUCACAUGAUAUGAAUCAUCUAGCACAAAAAGAAAGAGAGGAUGUCAGCUUGCAGAUCAAAUUAAUGGGUUUUGGAGAGACCAUUUCGUAAGGAAGUAAGUUUGGAAGACAUUGCCAGAGGGAAGUAAACAAGUCCCUCAUAAGUGCACUUUUUGCAACUGGGUUUGCUUAUAGCGGAAGAAAGAAAUACUUCAAGUGAUCAAUUUGUGUAUUGUUUGUUUUCUUGCUGCCCUGUACUAGCUAAGCAUCAGAGUAUUCUUGUAGUCAGAGAAGACACGAGCUUGUCAACAUGUACUGUUAACAAUUCUUUUUGUUGUGAGCAUUUUUGUUCGAUUAAUAAGUAAAAAAGCGAUGACUCGGAAGUCAUCAUUGAACAUUC